AUGGCUUCGAUAGACGGCGUAUACCUCUACCGUGACCAGAUCAGAGAGAACAUACCAAUUUCCAGAUACUACUGCGAUGUCGAUAUCUCUCAUCUAAUUUCUUACAGUGAGGAAUUAGCACACAAAUUGACCUCCGAUCCAACUGGAACCAUUCCUUUAUUCGAAACAGCCAUCCGACAAUGCUCGCAACGCAUUGUAUACCCUCAGCAGCCAGAUAUAAAAUUACCACAACAUCAGCUCAUGCUCCAUUCUUCAGUCGAUCACAUCUCAAUACGGGACCUUACCGCAGACAAUGUCAGUGCGCUGGUACGCAUACCUGGUAUUGUGAUUGGUGCAUCUACACUAUCGUCCAAAGCUACUGCCCUAGCAAUUCAGUGCAGGAAUUGUCAGCAUACCGACAAGAUUGCUGUAGAAGGUGGCUUUCAAGGCAUAUCUCUUCCUCGUACCUGUGGGCGCAGGAAAGUCCCUGGUCAAGAUGAAGGUGACAAGUGUCCCAUGGAUCCAUACUUCGUCGUCCACGAAGACUCAGAGUUUCAAGAUCAGCAAAUAAUAAAGUUACAAGAGGCGCCCGAUCAGGUGCCAGUCGGAGAGCUGCCACGCCAUAUAUUGGUCUCGGCUGACAGAUAUCUCGCCAAUCGUGUCGUGCCGGGCAGUCGCUGUACGGUCAUGGGGGUAUACAGUGUUUAUCAACAAAACAAAGGCAACAAAGCCAGCGCAGUCGCCAUCAGAACUCCAUACUUGCGCACGGUAGGCAUUACCACAGAUGUCGACCAUACGGCAAAUGCUUCAACACACUUUACAGAGGAGGAGAUCCAGGAGUUUGAGGAGAUGAGCCGCAUGCCAGACCUUUACGAGAAAUUUGCACGGUCAAUUGCGCCAAGUAUUUAUGGAAACGCAGAUAUCAAGAAAGCUAUUGCUUGUUUGCUCAUGGGCGGAAGCAAGAAGAUCCUACCUGACGGCAUGAAACUAAGAGGCGAUAUCAAUGUUCUACUUCUUGGUGACCCCGGAACAGCAAAAUCUCAACUUCUGAAAUUCGUGGAAAAGGUCGCGCCGAUAGCUAUAUACACAUCAGGCAAAGGGUCUUCUGCAGCUGGUCUUACGGCAUCAGUACAGCGUGACGUUCAAAGUCGUGAGUUUUACCUGGAAGGUGGUGCUAUGGUCCUGGCAGACGGCGGCGUCGUCUGUAUUGAUGAGUUUGAUAAGAUGCGAGACGAAGACAGAGUAGCUAUACAUGAAGCCAUGGAGCAACAGACGAUAUCGAUUGCUAAGGCUGGCAUCACAACCAUCCUCAAUGCACGAACGUCUGUUCUUGCAGCUGCCAAUCCUAUUUUCGGCCGGUACGACGAUCUGAAGUCUCCUGGGGAGAACAUCGAUUUUCAGACCACUAUUCUCAGCAGAUUCGAUAUGAUCUUUAUUGUUCGUGACGAUCACGACAGGAACCGGGAUGAGACCAUCGCCAGACACGUCAUGGGAAUUCACAUGGGCAACGGCGCUCCUAACGCAGAAGAGGCAGUCCAAGCUGAUGUCUCUGUAGAGAAGAUGAAGCGAUACAUCACGUUUUGCAAAUCUAGAUGUGCACCACGACUGUCCAAGGAUGCCACGGAGAAACUGUCGUCUCAUUUCGUCACUAUUCGAGGGCAGACUGCACGACACGAACGAGGUCAGAACAUGAAAUCUUCCAUCCCUAUCACGAUUCGUCAGCUAGAGGCUAUCAUCCGCAUUGCAGAGUCACUAGCCAAACUUACUUUGAGCCCGAUUGCUGAUGAGACUCAUGUCGAUGAGGCAAUACGGCUUUUCCUUGCUUCUACAAUGGACGCUGUAACACAUGAGCGUUCUGCGUAUGGUGCCACAGGCGGCGUUGGAGCUGUAGGUGGAAAUAGAGAUUUGAUGCAAGAAAUCGGGAAGCUUGAAGAAGAGCUCAGAAAGAGGCUGCCUAUUGGCUGGAGCGCAAAUCUUGCGACAUUGAGAAGAGAAUUCGUGGAGGGUAGAGGUUACAGUGAGGUAGCGCUGGGCAGAACACUGGGUGUGAUGCAGCGACGCGAAAGCAUACGCAUGAGAGCUGGAGGAGGAGUCGUCUGGAGAUGUGGUGUAUGA